AUGACGGAGAAAGAGGCUGAGACGCUCGACGAGAGCGAGGCGACCGAGCUGAUGCGGGUCCGGCAGGCUCUGGUGGAGGAGGUCAAGGUCUUGUCGCAGCUGGCACACCCCAACACAGUGACGCUGCUGGCAGUCUCCAUCUCACCGCCGGCCAUUGUCCUCGAACUCCUCCACACCGAUCUGAGGACGCUGCUGUUCUACUCGGAGGUGGUGCUGAGCCACGCCGAGAGGGUCCGCCUCCUCCGCGGAGUGGCGUCGGGCAUGGCGUACCUGCACAUCCGCGGCAUCCUCCAUCGCGACCUCAAGCCGGCCAACAUUCUUGUCGACGCCUCGCGCGCCGUGGUCAAGAUCGCCGACUUUGGCCUCGCCCACGUCAUCGAGUCCAUGUCAGCGCCCAUGAUGGCCGGCACCCGCAGGUACAUGGCGCCCGAGCUGUUUGUCGGCGGCCGCCCCACCCCGGCCGUCGACGUCUUUGCCUUUGGCGUCACCGCCGCAGAGGUCGUCUACCGCCACAAGGCCCGAUACGCCGCAUUCCGCGAGACCAACGCUUACGCCGCUCUCCUCCUACCGCCAACUCCGACCUCUCGAUCCUCGUUCCUCGCCACCCUUGUGGAUCCGCUCAUCACCACUUGCGUCGCCCCCGAUCCGACCCGCCGCCCGUCGUUUGAAACGCUUGUCACUCGCCUCGAGGCUCUGCACGAGCUCCUGCUCCUCGGCCCGCUCGACGCCUCGGUCCCGGAGCUGCCCAUCGCCGACAUUGUCCCGCGCUCCGCCGAUCACGCCGCCAUUACGUACCUAGUCAUUGGCAUUGUCCGCGAUGACGCUGUCCGUCGCGCCUUUGCAUGUGGCCUCUUCUGGAUCGCCCUCGGUGCGCUGCCGGACGAGCGGUUUGUGGCCACAGAGCUGGCCCGCGCCGCCGAUGCCGCUUCUACCUUUGCAACAGCCCAUCGCGAUGCGCCGCGUCAUGUUCUUGUUGUACUCGACGACGCCUGCGAGGCGAGCGCGGUGGCGCAAGCGCUGGCUGCCGCCACUUCCGCCUUUGCCACCACGCAACUCGCGGUCACCGUCCUCGUCACCUCGCGAACGAGUCGGGCACUAGACAACGCCCCACUUUCCGGGCCGAUAUACGAGCUUGGCGACCUCGACGUCGAUACCGCUCUGCUCAUGCUUUCCAACACAGCUCGCGGUUUUUGCGGCGACUCGCCACUCCUCCUCGCCAUGAUCGGUGCCGUCUUUGGCUCGCGUCCAGGCUCGUUUCCGCGGCUGAUGCAUGCCUUUGACAAGCUCGUGGCUGCACCAGAGGCUCAUCUCCGACUCGUCCAUCUCUGUGUGUCCUCGAUCUCGUUCCUCGCCGACGAGUACCGCAAGCUCGUUGUCCUCCGCAGUGACGCUGCCGUCAGCGCCUCUGUCCUCCGCAUCCUCUGGACUGGCAGCACCGACGAAAUGGGUGCUCUCGACGAUCCAGUUGACGCCCUCCUCGAUCUCCUUGUGGCGCGCAGGCUCAUCCAGGACGAGCGAACCGACGGCAUGUAUUCGAUCCAUGCCCUCCUCUACGACUACCUUCAGUGGCGGGUCCCUCGCUGCGCCGCUGCUCCCUUUCACGCCGCGCUUCUCGCCAACGCCGCUGCUGGCCUUUCAGAUUACGGCACCGAGCCGAGCACGCCAUCGAGCUGGAUGGCUGUCCUCGCACCUGCCACAACCGCCAUGGCGCCUACCUCCGCUCUCACGUCGUCCAUCAUCUCGCCGGAGCCGGGCGCUACGCCGAUGCCGCUGGCCUCCUCCUCACCGAAGGCUAUCGCGACAUCAGACGUCGAUGCCGUGGUUGCCAGCGUCUCUGCCGACACUGCUUUCGCCUUGACGGCCUUGCAACAUGUUGAGGGUCAGCCCCAGCCGGGUCAGCCCCAGCCCCAGACCCAGACCCAGACCCAGACCUAA